ACGCAUAAGUUGAUCAUCAUAGUUCAGAAUCGAAAUAAAGUUGAAUCUGGUGUAAGCACAAUCACAUCAUCAACACUCCCAAUAAAGUUGAAAACAUUCCUCUUUUUAUUGCGAUAAUAAUUACAAAAUUAAAGGAUAUAUAAUAAAACUCUGUUUUCGUUACGGUUUCCGUGAGAGAACGAGCUUCGAGAAAGAGAUUGCAUAGGUGAAUUGUGAAAGUGGGAAAUGGCGAAGCACGAAGAACUUCCGAUCCCGAUUUACGACAACCUGGAGCCUGUGUAUGGAGGAGGUUCUGCGCUCGAAGAAGCUCAGCUUCGUUUCGAUAACUUCAAAUCCAAAUUCCUCGAAAUCUUCUCUCAUCCUCCUCAAGUCUUCGCUCGUUCACCAGGGAGAGUGAACUUGAUUGGGGAGCACAUUGACUAUGAGGGAUAUUCGGUGUUGCCUAUGGCUAUUCGGCAAGAUACGAUAGUGGCGAUUAGGAAAAAUGAAGCAGAAAAAGUUCUUCGGAUCGCUAACGUAAAUGAUGAAAAAUAUUCCGUUUGUACUUAUCCAGCUGAUCCUGACCAGGAAAUUGACUUGAAGAAUCACAGAUGGGGCCAUUAUUUUAUUUGUGGGUACAAAGGUUUCUAUGACUACGCAAAACUGAAAGGAGUGGAUGUUGGAGCACCUGUUGGACUUGAUGUUCUUGUUGAUGGAACAGUGCCAACAGGUUCUGGACUAUCAAGCUCAGCGGCAUUUGUUUGUUCUUCCACGAUUGCUAUUAUGGCUGCUUUUGAUGUGAACUUCCCAAAGAAAGAAAUUGCACAAGUUACAUGUGAAUGCGAAAAACAUGUUGGGACACAAGCUGGUGGAAUGGAUCAGGCAAUCUCUGUCAUGGCCAAAACUGGGUUUGCAGAGCUGAUUGAUUUCAACCCAAUUCGUGCAACAGAUGUGCAACUUCCUGUUGGUGGGACUUUUGUGAUAGCUCAUUCUUUGGCAGAGUCUCAGAAGGCUGUUACCGCUGCCACAAAUUAUAAUAACAGGGUUGUUGAAUGCCGUUUGGCUUCUAUUGUGCUUGCAAUAAAGCUAGGAAUGGAUCCAAAAGAGGCAAUAUCAAAAGUGAACACACUGUCUGAUGUUGAAGGUUUAUGUGUAUCGUUUGCUGGUAUUCAUAACUCAUCUGAUCCUGUCCUUGCUGUAAAGGAGUAUUUGAAGGAAGAAGCAUAUACAGCUGAAGAAAUAGAAGAAGUUAUUGGGGAAAAGCUAACUUCAUUUUUGAGCAAUAAUGCAGCUUAUUUAGAAGUCCUAAAAGUUGCAAAGGAAUACAAAUUACAUCAGAGAGCUGCUCAUGUGUAUUCAGAAGCCAAGAGGGUACAUGCUUUUAAGGAUGUCGUAGCCUCAAAUCUAAGUGACGACGAGAUACUAAAGAAACUUGGUGACCUUAUGAACGAGAGCCAUCGUAGCUGCAGCGUUUUAUAUGAAUGCAGCUGUCCAGAAUUAGAAGAACUUGUAAAAAUUUGUCGUGACAAUGGUGCUCUUGGAGCAAGGCUUACUGGAGCUGGAUGGGGUGGCUGUGCUGUUGCUUUGGUGAAAGAGAGCACGGUCCCACAAUUUAUCCUUAAUUUGAAGGAAUGUUUCUACCAGUCUAGAAUAGACAAGGGCGUUAUUAAGAAGAAUGAUCUUGGCCUUUAUGUAUUUGCUUCCAAGCCAUCAAGCGGUGCUGCCAUCUUCAAGUUUUAGGAUAGUUCUUUGAUCUGCUUCCUUGAUUAUGGCUUAAACAGUUUUUUCUUUAAUGUAAGAUCUUAAUACAGACCAAAUGCAAUUUCAUUUGGAGUAAGAUUAAAUGGUACCUUAAUUUUAUUGUAAGUUGUUUUCGAUAUGUUAGUCAAUCCAAUGAAAAGUAGAAAACUAAUAAUGAUUUUGCCGAACAGCAUUGAAGUCAUCUUUUGUAAUGGAAAGAUACUUGACGCGUU